AUGGCAGCCGCACUAGGGCAUCGAAGGGAGGUGCGGCUACUGCUGGAGGCUGGCGCUCGAUUUGACGAGAAUGAUCGACUGAAGGUCAAGCCCCUGUCCCGCGCGGCGGAAGCCGGACACACGGCGAUAGUCGAGCUCCUCCUCCAAGCCGGGGCCAGUGUCGACGUGCGGGAUCGAGACGGAAUCACCCCCCCGGCGUACGCGUGCGCCAACGGGCAUGUGCCGGGGGUGACGCUCCUCCUCCGAGCUGGGGCGAAUCUCGAAUUUGGGGACCAGGAUUGCAUCCCUCCAAUAUCCCUCGCUGCGCGCCAGGGAUUCAAGAAGAUUGUACAGCAGCUUCUUACCGCGGGGGCGAAUGUCGACUCCCGAGACGCCUCUUGGUGGACCCCGCUCAUGCAUGCGGCGGUGUUCGGACAAGUGGACAUGGCAGCCGGUCCUCUGGUGGACAUGGAAUCUGAGGACGAGGAGCUGGGGAUAGAAAACCUCUUUGAAGACUACUCCAGUAAUCCCGAAAACGAGUCGGAAGAAGAGGACGGAGAGGAAGAAGAUUCCGGAGAAGACGGGGAAGGCAAGUCUGAAAAUGACGAAGACGAAGACGAAGAUGAAGACGAGGAUAAAGAUGAAAGCGAAGCCGAGGAAGCAGAACCAAUACAUAGAGCGUCAAUUCCUCGCUCUAUUAGGAGGGGCCUUGAACUAGUUGUACGUCUCCUCCUCGAUGCUGGCGUGGAGGUAGACAGCAAAGGCGCACAAGGAUCCAAUUCCCUUUUUCUGGCUGCUCUGCUCGGUCACCGAGACGUGGUGCAACUUUUGCUCCACCGCGGGGCCCACGUCAACUCACGAAAUGCGCUUUAUGCAACCCCGUUGAUGGCGGCGGCGGCCAGCGGCAAGGAGGAAAUCGUGCGACUUCUGCUUGAUAGCGGUGCCCGAGGGGAUCUCAAGGAUAAGGGCGAUGCCCCGAAGGAGCCAGACAAAGAGGCUCCCAAGCAAGUGUGGCCCAAACACAUGUCGCUGAGGGUCAAAGCCGUGGCUGAGAGAUUCAAGGCUCCGGUCCGUCAAGGCGUAUUCACGGCGAUGGCCAAGGUUGAUGAUGUGAGUUCCCUUUCUGCCACGUAUGCGAGCGUUGUCUAA